UCAGAUUAAUAUUAUUCUCACAACCUAAAAUAACACCAUCUAAAUAGAAUUAAACUAAGUAGCAUAACAAAUUUAAUCAUAAAUUAUAUUGAAACUUUUAAAAAUGGGUAAAUAAUGUAUAAGUUUAUAAUUUUUAUUAAAUAGUAUUUUGUCAAAAUGGCAAUAAUACAACUGUAACAGUUUCUAUUUAUACGGCUAUAGAAGCCAAAAUCUCAAUUAUUCAAAAAGUAAUUAGAUUUACAAUUAUAGAGAAUAAAGAUACUUUACCGGUUUGGGAAGAGGCCAAUUUGCUGGGGGAGAAAUCUGGUGGUGCAUGUGAAACUCAAAUAAUGAAUGUAUUCUCUACUAAUAAAGCCAUUUUGACCAAAGUCUCUUCUCGCUCUCUCUCUCUUCUUAUAUAUUUUUUUUUGUCACAGCUCUCUUCUUAUAUUAAAUCAUCAAAGCUUUGCUACUCUCCAAACUACCAUAAACCCAACUCUCCUCUCUCUCACAUGAGAAGCUAAGUCCAAUUUUGUCAACUGAUCAAAUAUAAACAAGUUUAAAUCUCUCAUGUCUCUUACAAUUCCAAUUGGUUGAAGAAGAUGGAGACGAGACAGAACGAUGUUCACUUCCACAGAGCCACUUUUUUACCAUUGUUAUGUUCCAGACCUUCAAUCAAGAACGUGACCCGUACGGCUAAAUUGAAUCAAGAAGAUCAACAAACUGAUCCUUUGUCUCCCAAAAUUAGCUGCAUUGGUCAGGUCAAACGCAGCAAAAAGAUCGUCGGCCUUCCCACCACCACUUCCUCCUCGGUAACUCCCGCCGCUCAACACCAUUACUUUAAGCUCAAACGCCUUUUCUCCGGCAAGAAUCUCACUUUCUCCGCUCCCGCCACUACGACUAUUAAGAGUAUUCGAGGAAGAAUCAAAAAGGAGGAGUUCGAUAACAAAAAAACUAAUGUAAUCGAUGUCGCUGAUAUGGAUCCGCCUUUGCCACUGAUUAAGCUGGAUAACGAUGGUGGCGGUGGCGCUGGACAUAAAGCAGCAGAGAAUCUGUGGAAGAGGAGAUCUGGUGGUGGUAAUUGUCAACUAUGGAAUUUGCAGAUUCAAAGCAGUACUCAUCUUUUGAAGGUUACAACUGUUUGAGGGUGUGUUUAUACGGACACUAUUAAAGAAUAUUAAAGUUAAAAAAAAAAUUAAAACAUAUUGUAUUGAAAUAUAAAUUUUAUAUUUGAGCAUACAAAAUAUUUUUAGCCCAAA